CCCGCGAUCGUGGCCACUACCCGGCCUGCCCUGCGGCAAGAUGGCGGCCUGAAGGCAUCGGGCAGCGGCAGAAAACUCAGAUCAGCCUUUCCACAGUUCCUAUAGCAGCAUCUGCCCCAGUUUCAGCCGAAGACCCAGGGGCCCCAGGGAUUGGAAGACAUCACAGUGUCUUGGAAAGAAGAAGAGGUAGCGACUUGCCCCAGCCCAACCCCAGAGCGGAAAUAAUGACUGGUGCAGGGACUGUGGUGAAGGAGGCCUCUGUGACAUGUUAGCCGAAUCUGGACUCUCUUCAUGAUUCAACUCUGGUUGAAGCCUCUGAUCCCUGGACCAGCUCUCUCCCAGCCCCUUUCCUUGGAGCCUGUGAGAAUAAGCUCCGGAGUUGGGCUGCUCACAAACCAAGCUGUCUGUUUAUAUGGAGUGCCUGGAGGGCGUCUGCCAUGAGUCUGUCGCUAACCAUGCUAACCAGGAGAGCUGGCUGGUUGGGGAGAAGACACUAACCCUGGCAGCUCAUCUGGCCAGAAAACGCUGGGAAUAUGUGCUGUGGGGCAGAGGAGUGGGGACUGAGGUCAAGAUGAAGCAGGAGGAGCUUGUAGGAUGUGUGACAACUAGAGGCUGGGCUGCAGAGCAUGGAGGCCACUCUCCUACAGGAGCUUUUGGCUAGAGGAAGUGGAGGGGCCGUGGGAUGUGGAGAGCCGAGGGCUAACUCUUGGACAGCGGAACAGAGAGAGCUGCCGACAAACAGACGCAGGUUGAGGAGCACCCAACUCCCAGAAUGACCAGUGCAGCCCCUGCUAAGAAACCCUACCGCAAGGCACCGCCUGAGCAUCGGGAGUUGAGGCUGGAGGUUCCUGGAUCGCAGCUGGAGCAGGAGGAGCCCCUGACUGAUGCGGAGCGGAUGAAGCUCUUGCAGCAGGAGAAUGAGGAGCUUCGCAGGCGCCUGGCUUCAGCCACCAGGCGCACUGAAGCUCUGGAGCGUGAGCUGGAAAUCGGGCAGAACUGCCUGGAACUGGAGCUGGGCCAGAGCCGUGAGGAGCUGGACAAGUUUAAGGACAAGUUCCGCAGGCUGCAGAACAGCUACACAGCUUCCCAGAGGACCAACCAGGAACUGGAGGACAAGCUGCACACGCUGGCCUCUCUUAGCCACAGCUGGAUUUUUGCAAUCAAGAAGGCUGAGAUGGAUAGGAAGACACUGGACUGGGAGAUUGUGGAGCUGACCAACAAGCUGCUGGAUGCCAAGAACACCAUCAACAAGCUGGAGGAGCUCAAUGAGCGGUACCGGCUAGACUGCAACCUGGCUGUGCGGCUCCUCAAGUGCAACAAGUCUCACUUCCGUAACCACAAGUUUGCUGAUCUGCCCUGUGAGCUACAGGACAUGGUUCGGAAACAUCUGCACCGUGGUCAGGAGACUGCCAGCCCAGGCCCUGCCCCCAGCCUGGCACCAGGGGCCGUGGUGCCCACCUCAAUCAUUGCCCGGGUGUUGGAGAAGCCAGAGUCUCUACUGCUCAGUUCGGCCCAGUCGGGCAGUGCUGGGCGCCCCUUGGCUGAGGAUGUCUUUGUGCAUGUGGACAUGAGUGGGGGUGCCUCUGGCGACCCAGCCAGUUCCCCAGCCGCUGGCAGCCCUGUACCCCAACCCAAUGGAGAGUGCCGCUCUUUGGGUACUGCUGGGGGCUCCCCAGAGGAGGAGCUGCCCCUGCCCGCCUUUGAGAAGCUGAGCCCCUACCCUACCCCAUCUCCUCCACACCCACUGUAUCCUGGCCGCAAGGUAAUAGAAUUUUCUGAGGAUAAGGUGCGAAUCCCCCGUAACAGCCCCCUGCCCAACUGCACUUAUGCUACCCGUCAGGCCAUUUCCCUGAGCCUGGUGGACGAAGGGAGUGAGCAGGCCCGGCCCAGCCCAGCACCCAGCAGCCCUGCCUCAGCCCAGGCCUCGCCCCACCACCAGCCCAGCCCUGUGCUCCCAACACUCAGUGCCCCAGCCAGCUCUGCCAGCUCUGAGGAAGACCUGCUGGCCAGCUGGCAGCGGGCGUUUGUGGACCGCACUCCACCACUUGCCACUGUGGCCCAGCGCACAGCCUUUGGACGGGAAGCACUCCCUGAGCUACAGCGCCAUUUUGCCCUUAGCCCCCCUGACAGAGAUGAGGAGGUUCAGGCACCUUCAUCCCCACCCAGUGGGAGUGGGCUUUUGCUGCCAACAGAACUUGACUCUAGCCUUCCCAGGGAGGAGGAAGAGGAAGAGCUGAACCUGCCCAUCAGCCCUGAGGAGGAGCGCCAGAGCCUGCUGCCAAGUGAUAGUGGCCCAGAGGAGGGGCCUGGCACUUCCCACACUGAGGGCAGGGCCUGGGCACUCCCCAGCUCCAGCCGCCCCCAGCGUAGCCCGAAGAGGAUGGGGGUGCACCACCUGCACCGCAAGGAUAGCCUGACCCAGGCCCAGGAGCAGGGCAACCUGCUCAACUAGGACCCCUGCUUGCCUGCCUGCCUGCCACUGCUGCACUGGGACUGCAGGGAGGCCCUACCCUGCAGCUCGGGGUCCCCUUCCCAGCCCAAGGCCUUGAACUCUCCCCCAUGCCCGCACAGCUCUUCCUGUGUGGGUGGGGUCAGGCAGUGGGCCACACCAGGCCUCUCAGCUGCACUGACUAUAACUGGCACCAGCUUGCCUCAUGGUUUUUCCUGUUUCUCCUUGGAAUAUUUAUUCUCCAAAGGUAGCACACAGCUGGGCUCAAGACCUUUCUUCCAGUCAGCCCAAAUUGGGCUGUUCUGGGGAGCUGAGGGUUUAUUUCAUCAGUGUUCUCAUGCCACCCUCCUUUCACAUCCACAAGCUGUGUUGUGUUUUUUGAGGUGGGGGCAGUGUUGUCAGGAUUACUAACCUCCAAUUCCUAUUUUCUACUUGUUUCCCUCUUCCCUCAAAUCUGUGCUAGCUGUUGCCUUCAAGGGGCCCUUGGGGGAGGAGGGAGAGGACUGACUCAGGGCUCCCCUCUGCUGGCUCCAUCCUCCCUCUGGAAGGGAGUAGAGGGUGGGAUUCAGGGGUCUCAAGCUGGACUCAAGGUGAGGCCUGGCCCCCUCCCAACCUUGGCUCUAGACUGUUACUCCCAGCUUUGGGAAAUUUUCUCACUGAUGACUAUUUUAAAAUUAAAUAAAACUAUUUUACCGGUA